AUGUUGCAACGUACUUUGGACAGUUCUCAAAAAGAAGGGUCGCAUAGUAUAAUUUUCCUGGCAUUGUGCGAUGCCAAUUACAACUUCCUGUUGGUUGAUAUUGGUGCACCAAGAAGAUGUAGCGAUGGUGGUGUUUUUAGGAACAGCAAUAUUGGCAAAGCAAUAACGCAAAAUUUAAUGGACUUACCUGAUCCAGAAUGGUUGGACCGUGUAAAUGGACGCCUACCGUUUUAUGUUGUUGGCGAUGAAGCGUUCCCUCUUUUGGAAAAUUUGAUAAGGCCUUAUUCUGGUAGGGGUAAGUCCAUUUUGCUAAAAAAUGAAGAAGUGUUCAAUUACAGGUUAAGCAGAGCAAGAAGAACGAUAGAAAAUACUUUCGGAUUUAUCUGCAUAUAA